GGUUGCUGCUAUGACAACAGUGCAAAUAGAGACAUGAGCCUUUACAGUCAUUUGUGUGACCCCUACUCUACAGAGAACCCAUCUGCAUGCAAUGUGGCUCAGCUCACAUCACCCUUUAGUGCUAUUAGUAGGUCAUCACUCGGACCUGACACUAUUGUUUAAUUGGGUAAUGGUCACCAAUGCUUGUGCUGAUCAAUAUAGACGUGUGAGAAAACAAUUAACCCAUACGCUCAAUUAUACAGGCUGCAGUGGGGAGCACAGGGGGAAAGUCGGGCCGAAACACAUUACAAAAUAGAAAUGGAGCUAAGCUAGGUUUAUUAAUACUGAUAUUCAGUGGACGAUUCUGUCUGUGUACACAUAAUGUAUAUUAAUGUAAAUGUAACUAUAACUAAUUAUUAAUUUACUCGUCACAAGAUACUAAAUGAAAGAAGGAAUUUACAUGACAUGGAAUGAUUACACUUCCACCCCCACCCCCUCUUGUUGCUCUCUCCUCCCCAGGCUCAGGUGAGACCUCUCUGGGGUGUAAGUACUGUGAUCGUGGCUUCAGGGUGGAGCGGUCACUGCCAUCCCACCGGCGAGAUCAGGGAGGAGAGAAGCCCUACCAGUGUAAACGCAGCUCCAAGAGGUUCAGCCUCAAACACCAACUGGAUACACACCACCGGGUACACACAGGAGAGAAGCCGUUUGAGUUACGUCUGUGUGGCCAGCGGUCGAGGGACUACUCAGCCAUGAUCAAGCACCUGCGGACCCACGGCGGGGCCACGCCCUACCAGUGUACUGCCUGCCUGGAGCUCUGUAGCAGCCUGGCUGCUAUGCAGAAACAACUGAAGAACCUCCCGCUGCAGGACUUCCCCCCAGACUGGACCAUCAGCAGCACCUACCUGUACACAUACAGUGAGGGAAAAAAGUAUUUGAUCCCCUGCUGAUUUUGUA